AUGUCUCACCCACGGGUAGAAGAAGUCUCCGACAGCGACCCCGACAUGAUCUCGGACCCCGAAGAAGUCGACCUCGACGACUUUGCCGAAUCAGACAUCCUGCGCGCCCGCCCCUCCGGCCAGCAGCAACAGCACCGCGUCGAAUCUUCAGACGAGGAAGACGAGGAAGACAUCGCCGCCAGCGUCCCCGCCCACAUCCUCAACCCGCUGUCCGGCCCCCAGACGUCGACGCUGCCCCCGACGGCCGACCGCUCCGUCUACAACAGUUUUCAAUGCCUCUACCCAGUCUACUUCGACGCCUCGCGGUCCCGCGCCGAGGGCCGCCGCGUCUCCUCCGCCCUGGCCGUCAAGAACCCGCUCGCCCGCGAGAUCGCAAACGCCUGCUCCCGCCUGCGCCUGCAGACGCUGCUCGAGCCCGAGAAGAUCCACCCCAAGGACUGGGCCAACCCGGGCCGCGUGAAAGUCGGCCUCAAGAAGAGCCCCGGGUCCGCCGACAUUUCCAACAAGCACCACCUGUACGUCCUCGUCGCGAAGCACCUGCGCGAGAACCCGACGACGGAGAACUCGCCGGGCUUGAGGCUGCGGUUUGGCGGACAGAUUCAGCCGCCUGAGGGAAAGCCUUAUCCUAAGCCUGCGGUGCCGCGCGGGUGGAAGAUGGGCGAGUAUCUGCCGUAUUUGAGCGCGGCUAUGACGGGAGGAGGCGUUUCGGAGAAUUUGUUCAAGGAUAUGAUGAAGGAGAUGCAGGGAGGUGCCGAUCCUAUGGCUGCGUUGAUGGCUAGCCAGGGUGGAGGUGGCAUGAGCGGUUCUGAGGAGAGCACGAAGAAGAAGAAGAAGGACAAGAAGGGAAAGGGGAAAGCUUGA